CGGCGUGCUUUUUGGCUUAUGCUACAUUCCGUACAAACGGAUUGCCGUUGCCGGUUGUCUCCUUGGCGUCCCGGCAUUUCUUUUCUCUAUUGUGUUAUCCGUAACCUAUUGGCGGCCUGCCCAGCGCCGGUGCUCGCAGCUGUCGAUACCGCUCCGGUUCCGGCGACCAGAGUCACCCCACCGCCCGACCGGCUGCGGUCUUGGGUCGGGUCAAGUGGAUCCCGUAUUCGUUACAUCGGAGCCGGCGAAACACAUCGCAAUCAAACAGGGGCCCAGAACCAGACAUAAUCGCACCACUUGCAUUCAUCAAUUGCUGAAUUGUGACCACCUCAUACUGAGAGAGAAAAAAAAAGGGGUGAUAGCUGAGGCUGUUGAGCCUCUUGUGCCUCAAGGUUACAGGCGUAGCUUUUAGCACAAUUUAUGGGUAGCGCCGGGAAGCAUCUCAAACGGGAGGUUGAUGAACACAUUAUUAGUUGGCUCUAAUGAGGCUCCGUAGCGUCGAAACUUCCAUACCAGUGUGUCUGGGCAUCUCGUCAAACUCGGUCAUUUCACUGUCGAAAACUAGGUUUCCAAAUUUGACCCAAGAAUGAUUGGUUCAGCGCUGAUAUCGAGACAAAUGUGCAUGUUAAACGUUAGGUAAUCAAGAACUAGCAAUGGGGUCAAACCACACUCAUCUUUCACGUAUAUUAGCUCCUCAAAGAUGAGGCUUUGCUUCCAGGUGCCGUAAAAUUGACCAUCUUCAUAUGCUCGGGCUCUGCUCUACAAAGACAGAAAAGAGCGGCGGAA